AUGAACUCGCUCAACAUCCUCUCGGCGAUCGGCUCAACACCUCCACCAAGCCCCCCACGCUCUCGCGCCGGCUCCGAGAGCGACAUCACCAAGCCCGGUCAACCCUCGCGUACUCGUGGGAGGAGCUACACCGAGGAUGUCAAGCUCGGGGCCGGUGCCGCCCUUUCGGAGAAGGGCCUCGGCUUGAGCCUGGACGACAGCACCACCAAUGAGGACGAUGCGCAGCCCGACGAGAAGACACCGCUCAUGGACGAGCCCGAGCCCUUUGGCGAUACCAAGACGUGGAGCACGUGGAUGAUCCCGAAACGUCUCGCCACCGCCCUCCUCGGCGGCUUCCGCGCCGUGUUUGCUGUUGUUAUUGCUCCCGUCCAGUACCUUGCCGCUUGCUUUUACGAUGAUAACGGCAAUUUCUCUACCCUGCUUCCGCUGUACCGCCUCACUCGCAUGAUCCCACGCAAGAAACGAAACCAAUCGACGCACGCCAUGGACUAUGAUGAUCCGACUGACGACCGAUUCGACAGAAGAACUGGAAAACCGCUGAGGAAGUCUCCAAGAAGAUCGCCUUCGGUAUCGUCAACCACAAGCUCAGUUGCCAUGACCUCGGACUCGGAGAGCGAAAGGCCCUCGACACGCGAUGGAGACUCUCCCGCCCGACACACGAGAUCCAAGUCUUCGACAUCCUCGAUAGACGAGAUUGCUCCUGCGAGGCGCUCGAUACGAAUCAAGCUGCACAACGAGGAUACUUUGAGGAAGCGAAAGCAACGCAAGGGCAGCACGUCGUCCAAGGCCUCGGGCGAAUUGACGCCCCAUGAGGCUGCCGCCGCUGCCGUCAAGUCCCCAGGCAGCCCUGGUUCUGCUUCGAAGCUCAAGUUCCCGCGCGCGCCUGUUCCGCCCCGUCCUCUUGUGCCGCGCCGUCAGCCGUCAUAUUCCGGCAGACAUGCACCACCCAACUUUGGUCCGCACGAGAAGACCCUGAUUCUUGAUCUCGACGAGACAUUGAUCCACAGUAUGGCAAAGGGCGGCCGGUACACCACUGGUCACAUGGUUGAGGUGAAACUCAACCAAACGGUUGGCUCUGGUAACCAGGUCAUUGGCCCUCAAGUGCCCAUUCUCUACUACGUGCACAAGCGGCCACACUGUGACGAUUUCCUGCGUAAGGUUUCUAAAUGGUACAACUUGAUCAUUUUCACGGCGUCGGUGCAAGAAUAUGCGGAUCCUGUUAUCGACUGGCUAGAGCUAGAGCGGAAGUACUUCGCGGGCCGCUACUACCGGCAGCACUGUACUUUCCGCAAUGGCGCGUACAUCAAAGACCUCAGUCAAGUUGAGCCUGACCUCAGCAAAGUCAUGAUUGUAGACAACAGCCCCAUGAGUUACAUCUUCCAUGAAGACAACGCGAUCCCGAUAGAGGGUUGGAUUAGCGAUCCUACGGAUAACGACCUCCUGCAUUUGAUUCCGCUUCUUGAGGGUCUUCAGCAUGUCACAGACUUGCGUGCGCUGCUCGCCCUUCGCCUGGGCGAGCCCCCGUCGACUUCAUAA